CAAAACGAUGAUGCUCCCACACAAGUUGAGUCUCCUAAAAUAAGAAAAUCCUCAAACUCAGAGACAAAUCACUGAACCACAAUUCCUUUUUAAAUCCCCCGCGAAAAUGAACAUAUUAACCCCAAACCCACACCAUGCAUCCCUUCUCUCACUCACUCACCUCCUUCAUCUCACACACCACCGCAAUAAAAACCAACACCGUCUCUCAAAAUGGUACAUAUCCUUUGGAAUUCUCCGCCGCCAAUUAUCUCGCCUCCUAUCUAUGAUCCCAGAACAUGUGAUGGAAUCAUCACGUGGAAAGGUGAAAGGGAAAGCUCGGGAACGAAAAGAGAGGGAAGAGAGGGAAUUACAGAGUCUGGUUAGAUUUAUUCAAGAGGAUGUGGUACCUGUAUGUUAUCUGGCAUUUAGUCAAUUAGUAGCCAAUAAUCAAUAUGCUACUUUAGGAUUGAUGUUAAUGGGAUGUUUGGCGCGAUUCUAUAAAGUUCUCGGUGCAUUGAGAGUUUUCACUGCAGAGGAAAUUGCCGAACAAGCAGGAGUUGUGAAGGAGACGCCACAAUUGAAUGAGGCAGAGAUAGGAGAGGAUAUGGGGGAGAAGAUCGUGAGAGAUAUUCCAGUCUCAGAAAUGGAAGAUAGCCAAAAAGUGGAAAGAAAAGAGGGAGACGACACUGAUAUUCAGAAAGCAAAACCAAAGAAGAGGAAACAGGAUGGUGAAGUAGUGGAGGCGAAGACUUCCAAACUAACUUCCUCAGAUUCGACGCCGGCGAAGCCUCCGAAGAAGAAGAGGAAAAAGAAGGGUGGGGACGCUAUCGAAGAUUUGUUUGCUGGUUUGAUCUAAUUCUAGGAAUAAUUGGUGAAUUUGACACCCCUAUCGAGCAAUAAUACAAGCGAGUCAAUUUUGAUUCACGUUGAGAAUUUUAAGAUUCUUAUGAGAUAUAUGUCAUAAUGUCAAUAACUGAUGUCAAGUAUCAGAGAAA